AUGGUUGGUACACUGAAGCCAGCCCCUUAUUGGCGCCAACGUCUCGUCCUCUAUCGUCCACCACCAAUACCCUCUCCCUCCUUGACAGUCCUUGCACAGGCCUCUACCCUUCUUUACAGCCAGUUCUUCGUGAAGCCCGCCAUUCCCGCCCACUCUUUCUCCGGCCAAACUAUCAUCGUUACAGGCUCUAACACUGGCAUCGGGCAUGAAGCUGCGAUUCACAUCGUCCGCCUUGGUCAAAAAGGCAGGGCGGGCGUUGUGGUGGCAUGGGAGCUACAUCUAGCAAGGUACGCUUUCGUCAAGGCAUUCGUACACCGGAUAAAGGGACUGGAGGGAUUGGAUGCUGCUUUACAGUACAUGGGAAAAUCAUCGCAUGAAUUUGAAUUAGCUGAGAUUGACGAGUACGUGGUACGCCUCCCCAUCAAUGAUCACCAACGCCCGCCAGCUAAAGAAUCCAGGCCAUCCAUCACAAUCAAAGUCGUCUGCACAUUCCUCCUCCUCGAACUUCGCUCUUCCGCCCAGAAAUUCCACACGACCCCGCGCAUCUCCAUCGUCCGCUCCUCUGUCCACAACUUGAUAGAGCUCCCCGCAAAAGCCGAUCCCGAGAUGUUCAACGCCUUGAACGACAGAAACAGCGCCGUGGCGAAGCUGUCCACGCGCUACAUCGACGGCAAACCCCUCGAAAUCCUCUGCAGCCGCGGCCUCGCCUCCACCCUCGCCUCCGCCCUCUCCUCUUCCCGAAAACCAGUUGUUAUCCUCAGCCUACUCAAUCCAGGCUUCUGCGCCUCCGCUUCGUUUCAAAAUCCCUCAACCGCCUUUAAACUCCAGGUCAAGGCUUUGGGAAGGACGGCAGAGGAGGAUUCCAGGGCAGUGGUGGAUGCGGUUGCGAGCGGCAAGGACAGCCAUGGGCAACAUUUGAGUGAUUCCGGGAUUGCCAAAGUCAGUGAUUUCGUGCUAAGCAGGAAGGGGUGGGAGACCCAGGAGCGGGCCUGGGACGGAUUGAAUGCCUCAUUGGAGAAGACUAGGGUACUGGAUGAUGUUUAA